AUGACAGCUGCGGUACUCAUCCCCAGUCCACCAAGCACAUCGCUCUUGACGGCUUUCAUCACCCGUCAUCAACAUCUGCUGGCCUUGGAGCGAGCAGCGGAAGAGGAGCAGACUCGACUAUUGAAUUCGAACUGUAGUCCAAAGCUCCUGGAACAACGAGGUUUAGCCUUGGGCAGUCUCGGUGUAGCCAGUAUCAGCGUGGGCCUCGGGGGGAAACAUCUCGUUGAGCUUUGCAGACCGCUGGCUUACCACACAGAUGUCAACCUACCGCCUCACACUUUCAGAAACGGUGACCCCGUCCGGAUUGAAACACAUGUAUCGAAUCAAGGUAAAGGCAAGAAGAAGAAAGAAGAGGAUGAAGACCAAGCUGUCGAGGGCAUAGUCUACCGAGUAUCACAGGAGAAGAUUGUAGUCGCUGUGGAUGGAGCGAAAGAGGUCGAUCUUCCUGAACGUCUGAGACUGUUGAAGCUCGCCAAUACAGUCACAUUCGAUAGGAUGGACAAGACUAUGCUGCGUUUGUCCAAAGCCAUCAUUCCUGAUUCUUCGGUGCCCACGCCCGAUACUCCAAAUCUCUCCUUGAUCGAGGUUUUACUCGGUAUCGAAACGCCAAGAUGGCUCAACUCGGUCCCUGAAACAAUAUCUUCCAAGGAAGCUGGCUCGCCAUCGAACGAUGUACAAUGGCUCGGUACUGCUCUCAACGAUAGUCAGAAAGAGGCGAUUGAGUUUUGCCUCAAGGCGCAAGAUCUGGCUUGUAUCCACGGACCGCCAGGCACUGGCAAGACGCAUACGCUCAUUGAACUCAUAUGUCAAUUGCUCCUCCGACCGGCCGCUUCCAACACCCUUCAACCCCCUCGUAUCCUGGUCACAACACCGUCCAACUUGGCUCUUGAUAACCUCUUGCUCAGGCUACACGCUUUGUCAAAGACAGAGCCGUACGCCUCAAUCUUCCCCUCUGGGUCUAUCUUACGCCUCGGUCAUCCGACGCGCGUGCACAAGGAUCUGAUCCGCGAGACGCUCGAUUGGCGUUCUGUGAAUGGAGAUGAGGGUCAGCUGGUGGAUGAUGUGGGCAAAGACAUACAGGGUCACUUGGGCGACUUGGCAAAGAAGAAGGGUGAGAAGGGGAGCGUGAAGGGAAAGGAGAGAGGGAAGAAAUGGGAGGAAGUGAGGAUACUUCGGAAAGAAUAUCGACAGCGAGAAGCGAAAGUAGUCACGAACGUCGUGAAGGCCGCUAAAGUGGUCCUCGCUACGUGCCACAGUGCCGGCUCUAGACAACUGAGCAACAUGAUGUUCGAUGUCUGUAUCGUUGACGAAGCCACUCAAGCCGUAGAGGCUGUCUGCUGGGUCCCGAUUCUCAAAUCGAAGAAACUUAUCCUAGCUGGUGAUCCGCAGCAGCUCCCUCCGACCAUCAUGAGCAAAGCGGAUGCCGUCAAAUCGGCCUACAAGGAUAAAACCGCAGAACCAUCGAUGGAGGGUCUGUCUUUGGACACCUCAGGGAAUCGGCAGGACCCAGUGUCAGGAGAAGAGGUUACCAAUGAUUAUCCGGGCAAAACAAAAGUUACAUCGCUCAUACCUCCACGCACUCUCGAAACAACUCUCUUCCAGCGCUUAGAAUCUAUCUACGGACCUGGCAUCAAGCGUGUUCUGCAAGUCCAGUACCGUAUGAACGCUUCGAUCGCCUCCUUCCCAUCGGCAACGCUGUACGAAAACAACCUCGUCUCCGCGCCUUCCGUCGCUUCUCACCGUCUCCUCGACCUCCCUUCAAUCCUGGAUAGGACUAACGAGGAUGCCAAGGAGACGCUGGAACCGCCAGUCGUCUUUUUUGAUACCGCCGGAUGUGAAUUCUACGAGCGGAGUGAGGGAGAGGAAGGGGACAAGAGUACAGGCGAGGGGAGCAAGAGCAAUGAGAACGAAGCGGAGAUAGUUGUCAAGUGGGCUCGAAAGUUGAUCGACCUCGGCGUCACGCCUUCUGAGAUCGCUGUCGUCACUCCAUAUCAAGCUCAAGUAUCUCUGAUCUCUUCUCUGCUGCACGGAGACUUUCCGGAUAUGACCAUUGGCUCGGCUAUCAUCCUCACGUUAGUUCGUUCGAACAACACCGGUCAGGUUGGUUUCCUUUCAGAAUACCGGCGCUUGAAUGUGGCCAUGACAAGAGCAAAGAGGCAGCUCUGCGUCGUUGGCGACUCGUCGACAGUGGGCAAAGGCAGCAAGUAUCUCAAAAACUGGAUGGAUUGGCUGGAAAACAACGCCGAUGUGCGGUAUGCUGGCGAUGAGACGAUAUGA